CUGGCUUUGCUCGCAGGAUCGCAGGCUCGCACUCUCUGUUCCGAGUUUCCGUCUUCAGCUUGCUUUGCCGUCCCCUUUCCUUCGCAAGGCUUGGCUUGAUUCGGCUCGUGGUGGGAAUCUUGGAUAUGCUCCGCCUCGGCCUUGGGAUAGUUGGUGCACUGGUGCAUCGCGAAGGGUGAUGUGGGGGGACAGCCUCAUCACCAGCAGCAUCACGGAGUCACUCCUCGCACUGGAGGAGGCGGUGCUGCUGCUGCUUUGCUGGAUGAGUAGCGCAGAGGAACGCGAUUUUAAUGGUAGAGUUGAGAGGGUGAUCGUCGGGUGGAUCGGGUUUGGAAGAGGUGGCUGUUCACAGGGUGAGUUAGCUGCCUGUGGUGAGGCGAGGUGGUGAGGUGUUGAUUGUGCAAUUGUUUGGGAGUGACUGACUGUUCAGUUCCGCGCGGAGGAGAGGAGGAUUUCAUGACAGUUUGCGUGGGUGUGGGAGGUGGAACGAAUUGAGGAGAUUUUCCAGUGUUGAGAGGGAAGCUUGGCUGGUAUGCCAGACCAAAGAAUGCUGGAUGAGCCCUUCUUUGUACAGUAUUUCUGCUGUAAGCCUCGCAAUGUCCAGCAAGACACUACAUCGCAUGAGACUCUUCGCUUUCUGGACUGAGUUGAUGCACUCCAUGCACAUGCCUUCCUGUGAUCGUUGAUGUAAUCGGAAGUGUCUGUCAGCACGAGUCGAGUCCAUAACAAUGUGAUUCUGACGAUCAAUUAUCACAUGUUUGUGAUUCUUCUACGCAAUAGAGGUAAGUGUUCCACGUAUGUAGCUUGCAGGAUCAAAUUAGAACAGCAAGAGGAAUAUCACUUGCUAGUAGAAUGACCCAUGGGACUUCAGUUGAAAUAUUUAAGUGCAGUACUGAAGAUGGGAACGUCAUGGAAAGUAAUGAGGCAAUCUGAGGAAAAAGAUUCCGUCACGACAUGUUGGUACUCCCUACCGAAGGAAUUCGUUUAAAGAGCGCAUCCCUAUCAACAUAUAAAUCCUCAAAGUAGUUAUGGAACUUAGUUAGAGGGACAACCAACCUUGCCGGAUGUAUUGGUCCUGUUCUCUAAAGGCGACCGAUCUUUGGUUCUCUCAAUCUAAAACAAUUAAAAGAAUAUAUCUCUGCAGAAUACGGUUUAAUUGGAAUUAAUCCAACCAGUUGAAAUUCCCAAUAUCCUGGCAGUUGAAGAAAGUGCAUAAGCUCGAGCAGCGGCUCAUCCUCACAUUACAGAGGUAAUGCAGGAGGUCAAAACUCAAGUUGGGCCGGUUGGAGAGCUUUGGUACCUUGACAAGGGAAGGGGAGGUGGAAUCUGCUAGGGAUAUGAGUAUACCAACUUUUUUUAUAGAGGACCAGGAGUCCAUGAAGGCGGAAAACAAAUUCUUAUCAUCCCAUUCUCCCAUUACCUGAUAGCGUUAACUGGACAUAUUUUCAGAAACUGAGAAUGCUCAAUGCUUUUCCAGUUUCCUGAAAGACUUGUGUCAUUUACUAGAACAGCUGUGUGGCACCAGUAGAUAUUGUUUUCACCACUUUCGCUUCAAUUUGAUGAAGGUUAAAGACCCGGGAAGUCGUUUAUAGCAGUUUAUCUAAAAUUGCCGAGAGCGGACUGAUUUCAACUGUGGAUGUAUUUGUGCAGGGUUGCUACUGGUUCGUUUAUGGCGGAUAUUUUCUUUGGAGCAUGAAACAUCUGCAUGGACUACAGAAGGUUCACUUCUUCAAAGUAGAACUAGCAGGCAGGCGAUGAAACGCAGCUCACAUUUCCCCCUUGAUGGAAUAAGCGGAGUCCGUCACUGUAGCUGACCAAAUUUAACUCCAUGUGCCGAUUCUUAUGUCACUCUAUUCAGGGAUGCUGUGAAACUUGCCGGACUGUCGAGGUCGUGGAUCAAAGUGUGGAAUCGGAUCUUGAAUCACUUCGAAUUUGCACAUUUUAAUGGUACAAUCUCAAGGUCACUUCAAGACCAGCAGCAUUUGGAAAUAACCGUGCUGUGCAUGGCAUACCGAGCUGAAGUUUGCCUCCAGGUCUUGAGAGGUCACCCUCGUUUCAAAAAGUCUUCAUCACUUGCGCUUGUCUAAAUCUUCUAUGGGGGUUCUGGACUGGUGAUGAUUGUCCUCUGAUUGCCUUAGUACCGUGGCUGCGUAUUUACGUUUCUCAAGUAUACCAGCUUACAUGUUGCUUACAGGCUGCCACAAAACCAGUAACAUUCAUCUCAAGGUCUGCUGACGAGCCUUUUGAUGAUUUAAACUUGGCGUGUUCUCUCUCCUCUGUCACUCAACUUGUCAUCCAGCUGUUCCUUUACUGAGAACACUACCCCAUUUACCAUCUCUUCUGGUUUAUGGGAUGAACCCUUCUGCAAGUUCCAACGAGCAGCAAGGUGAUCCUAGCUGGGCAACAGAGAACUGGGACAACCCAGGUGCAGUUGGCAGCCUAGAUCAGGCCUCCCGUCAGUAUACAGGUUCUAAUCGCCAGGAGUGGGAGUGGGAUCCAAUGAUUCUCGCACAGCACCCUGGUAGCGGUGGCUCCAAUGACGGCAGUGAUGGAGACCGUAAAAACCAAAUUUCUGCAGGCGCAAUGUCUAGCCUUCGGGCAUCGUACAACAUGUUGUCAGCAGGCCUACCAUCCAACUUCACCCAUAAUCCCUUAGGUAUUUUCAGCUCCGCAGGUAUCCGGAACUUUGGAUCUCUGGACGGAUCUGGUCAGAUUUCGACAUCAGCUAACCUCCACAGCGUCCUUGGCUCAUCUGGAAUACCAGGUCUUGCAGCAACGAGUGGUACAGGCUUCUGUAAUGACAUUCGAAGUUAUGAGCGUCGCUGUGAUUUCUUCGCGGCUAAUAUGCAUGACCAUCGUGUGAAAAGAGAGGAGGUUAGCGACGGUCAUGCCCGGAUAGGCCUUAACCUUGGGGUUCGUACGUACUUCUCGACUGAGGACACAGCUGUAGGUCGACUUGGGAAGAGACAUCGGGCAGGUUCACCUGGUUUCCAAGUUCCUGUGUGCCAGGCCGAGGGUUGUAAAGAUGAUUUGAGCAAUGCCAAGCACUACCAUCGUCGCCACAAGGUGUGUGAGCUUCAUUCAAAAGCUCCAACUGUUACAGUUGGUGGACAUACGCAGCGGUUUUGUCAGCAAUGCAGCAGAUUCCACCAUUUGGGUGAGUUUGACGAGGGCAAACGAAGCUGCCGAAAGCGCUUAGCUGACCACAACAGACGUCGACGGAAGCCACAACUAAAUGCCUCUACUUCAGGUGGAACCUCAGUUGAAUCCAUUGGUAUCAUAAAAGCUUGCGAUGACGGACAUCUGCAUGCAGGCAUCAAUCGUCCAAACGAUCCAAAAUCAAUGCUCAACAUGCACUCACAGAAGAACUGUGGGUCACCUAAUUCUGUCUCUCUGGAAGACUCUGAUGAGAAGCCUAGUUUAGGCGCCAAAAACCUGAAAUUACGAACAUCUGGUCCUGGCUAUUGCAGAAGUCCUGGAAAUGACCAGCAAUCGUCUCAUUCGGGGAUGCAGAUGGACUCCCAGUCUAUGGCGAGUUCAGAAGCCCAGACAUUGCUGUCUGCUAUAUCUCUAUCACCACCAGCCCCUCUUGUGCAACACAAAUCAAAGCGACAACUGACAAUGUUGGGAGGGACAGGAGAUUAUGAUCAUGAAAAUUCAGUAUACCAGCUAUAUUUGCAGGGAGUAAGUUCCAGUCAGACUGGACCAAACCUAUCGCUUUCUUCCCUAGAAAGCCAACUUGGACAUCAAGGUGGAGGCCGAGGACAGCCAACAUCUGUUCAAAGCUACAAUGGAAUGGAGUCCGCUGUUCAAUGGCUAAGGCCUAUCAAUGCACAAUCAGAUAGCAUGACCAAAGCGGUUAACAGAUCAGGUGCAAUGAACAUGCAGCAUCUGAUAUCCACUGAUUCGAAAUCAGGGAUUACAUCAGCCUCAGCAAAUUCCUCAAAUUCUCAGGAACAUGAUGUCCAAGCAUUCUCACCAUCAAAUCAAAGUCUUCUACCUCUGGAAUCUCGCGAUCUAUCCAGCCCCGAGUGGAUGAUGGGUAGCAUAACAGGGGCACAAACUUCACGUGAUGGGUCACAUCAGUAUAGACCAUCGACGCCCAUGAAUAAUCUAUCAGCAAGCGAGCAGCUUGAAGCUGGCGAUCGAAUGCUAGCUCUAAUUAAUACUUCCAAUCAGGCUGGUAGUAACCCCGGUAACGAUGGAAGUAACCAGAACGUCCUUACUGGACGAUCACAAAUGGAGUUUCUUCAGCAGCAAAAUACAGGAGCGGAUUCAGGUGGUGAUAACAAUAGUCGUGGUGGCGGUAGUACUGUAAACAGUCCUGAUUUGAAGUACCCUGAGCUCCAGUCCCUCAGGCCAAGCUCCUACGGAACAUCAUCUAUCUAUGAUUCGCAUCACAAUCUCUUGUAAGACAGACAUGCAGUCCAUGUGUGAUGCAUAUGUGUCUAGGGUUUAUCUCCAUCCUGAGGUCUUGAAGAGCUUUGGACCUAGCUAAGGACGAUGACCACCCACAAUUAAAAACCCGCUGCACUGAUCACAGCAGGUUGCGAUCUUUAAAGAGUAUUUAUUGAGGUUCAAUUUAGAAACAACAGAACGUCAUUAGAUUCUUGAGGGAAGUUUUUUUUUGGAUAUUAUUGUAUGAACGCUGUUUCUGUAGCCAUUUUCUGAUGAAAAACUCCCAACUUUUGCAAGAUAGUAGAACGUAGGCAAUGGAUUCUUUUCCAUCGAACUAUCUACCAGUACAAAACCAUGGUUGGACCAGCACUUGAAUUUCUGGACAGGUUGAAUGAAUAACUCCCUAAAUAUAUACUCUAUACCUACACAUUCAUUUGUAAUUUUACUGCAUCGAGAGUAAUUUCAGAUGAUGAUUCCUGCCCAA